GUUACAUUGGCCCCUGGGGUGCCCUUGGUACGUGACCUAGCUUCAUCACGAUCCCCCAUACCUCCGGACCAGCCUACCCAUAACCCGAAUUCCUCAUAUACGAGUUACUCUUCGGUGCUUCCAUUUCGAUUCCCAAUGCUCUAUAUCCGAUAUCCGACACAUAUACAAUGCUAUAUGCCAUGCUAUAUGCAAUACCACAAGUCAGCAUACUAAUCUGACAUGACAGGCUGCCCUACCCCCCAGCGGAUCACCACCUACUCCCUCUCUGCCAACCGUCAGAGACCUCUUGCCGGUGCAUUCCACAACGCCAUCUUCAACACCUUCCGUCGUUUCCGUCACCAGGUUCUCUACGUGGCUCCUCCGUUCUUGAUCGCUUACGCCACCAUGAACUGGGCUGUUGAGAGAAACGAGUACCUCAACUCGAAGCCUGGCCGCCUCCUCGAGGGUGAUGACGAGUAAAUGCGUUGAUAUAUGGAUAUACCGUGUGAGGGUAUUUAGGAGACGGGAAUUGCAUUGUACAGUACCUACUAGAACACAAUCGAGUCUUGGGAUCUUACUUUCUUUUCCGUUAUGUUUCUGCGGUUUAUUAUUCCGGAGUCGCAGUGUCGGGCACUUCAAUUGGUCCAACCAGCAUCGAGGGAUUAGCCAUUGGAAUGGCGCAAAGAGUGCGAUUUUAGGGACUAUUAAUGCGAUUGGUAUCUGUAUCCUGCUAUGUGUUUGCU